AGGGGAGGUAAAUUCGGAGGUAUGGAGAUUAAUCAUGUCCACCUUUUUUCUUCUUACUUUGCACGAAAACUUUUCCUUCAACGGGUCCACAAUCCUCCAAGUCUUACAUCUUCCACACGCUACUAUUAACAUUUCUCUCAACUACUACUUCUUCGCCAUAUGCAAAAGCAGCACUAUUUCACCUGCAUUCGCACUAUCAGACAUGACGAGGGGAUUGCAGGAACAUGUCAAUUGUAAAGGUCGGUUCAUCUUUUUCCUCUUCUUUACUUUUGUGUUGCCCGCACUUUCAUUUAAUGAUUUCCAACGUCAGAAGCAGAUUGAUGCACAAGCCUUGCUCCAGUUAAAAAUGUCUGUGAAAAUAGAUCCAACUUUUUCUUUAUCAAACUGGGUAGAUGGAAUUUAUGUUUGCAAUUGGACUGGAAUAACCUGUGAUGAGAAACAACGGGUUGUAAGUGUGGUUCUCAAAUACAAGGCACUGAGUGGUCAAAUUCCCCCACAGAUAGGAAACAUGUCCUUCCUUACAACUCUCGACCUCUCCUACAAUUAUUUUUCUGGCCCCAUUCCCCACCAGUUUGGUAAACUAGAGAAGUUACAGUACCUUAACUUGAAGCGAAAUUACCUGCACGGUUCAAUUCCACCUAGUUUGCGCGCAUGCACAAAUCUGCUGCAACUCAAAUUAAGGUACAAUUUCUUGAGCGGUAGCAUACCGGCAGAGCUGAGUUCAUUGCACAACUUGGAAAUACUCGUUCUGGGUUCAAAUAAUUUGACUGGUGUCAUCCCACAAGAGUUGGGAAAUUGCUCUGCGCUCAAAACCAUACAUCUUGGUACAAAUCUUCUAUCUGGACGGAUCCCCUCUCAACUCGGUGCUCUCAGGGAUUUAAGAGUACUGAAACUGAAAAAAAAUUGGUUUGCGGGAGAAAUUCCCAAAUCUCUAAGUAACUGCACAAGAUUGCGUUACUUGACGCUGAGGUCGAAUAUGCUUGAGGGACCAAUUCCAUCUGAAAUUUUCACAGCAUCAUCCAGAUUAGAACGUCUGUAUCUUCGCUUCAACAAACUCAAUGGUAGCAUACCGGAAGAGAUUGGCCAAUUACGGCAACUGAGGCAGCUUGAUUUGGGGAACAAUACCCUGAAAGGUGGCAUUCCCAAGGCGCUGGGAAACUGUUCUUCUCUGGAAAGGUUAAGUUUAUAUUCCAAUUCUUUUUACGGCUACAUUCCAGCAGAAUUGGGCUCACUUACCCUACUCCAGGGACUAGAGUUGGAUGAAAAUAGCCUUGGAGGAUCAAUUCCGUCUUUUCUUAUGAACUGCACCCAGUUGAAAUCCUUGAGCCUAUGGCAGAACAAGCUUGUAGGGAUGAUUCCAAAAGAUAUAGGUUAUAAGCUACCCAAAUUGGAAUACAUUAACUUGGGGAGAAAUAAUUUUAGCGGUACCCUUCCAAAAUCUAUAGGUAAUUGCUCGGCGCUCCACGUUCUUGUGACACAAGAAAACAAGUUGAGUGGAGUGAUACCCAAGGAGUUGGGGAUGCUAAGUCUUCUGCAAGGUCUUGAUCUAAGUAUUAACCACUUCAAAGGAGAUGUUCUCCCUCUUCUCUUAAACUAUACACAACUAUGGAACGUUAGUGUGGUACUUAACAGGUUCGAGGGCUCCAUUCCCGUGGAGAUUGGGUUCAAGCUCAGUAAAUUACAAUAUUUUUAUGCGGGAGGAAAUCUAUUCACUGGUAAAAUCCCAAAGUCUCUGGGAAAUUGCUCUCAGCUCUCAGUUCUUGCUCUCAGUAACAAUCUGCUGAGUGGUGAGGUGCCUCAAGAAUUGGGAAUGCUAGCUGCUCUGGAAAGCCUGUAUCUGAACGGAAACAAUUUGUCAAGUGGAAGCUCCGCCACAAAGUCUGCUUUUGAUAUUCUAAGCAACUGUUCCAAUCUCAGAGAUCUUCAGCUCUCUCAAAACCAUUUCAGUGGCACUUUGUCAAGAGGGAUAGGAAAACUCUCUCCCGGCCUCUCAAAACUGUAUUUGAGUAGCAACCGUAUAACUGGCAAUAUACCUGAAGAAAUUGGUAACCUUACUGGGUUGACCAUUCUUUCUCUUGUCGAUAAUAAUUUUUUUGGAGAAAUUCCGCAAACACUAAGCCGUCUGAAGAAUCUACAAUGGUUGGACCUGAGCUUCAACAAACUACAAGGCAGCAUUCCCUCAGAGUUUGAAAAUUUACUAAACCUGGAAUAUCUAUGGCUUCAGCUAAAUCAUAUCUGUGGAAAUAUUCCUUCAUCAAUAGGCAGCCUAAAACAACUGAGAAAAUUAAACCUCGGUUAUAAUGAGCUCACGGGAAGGAUACCAAAUGCCAUUGGACAAUGUUUCUGUCUGGAGAUGAUUGAUCUCUCACACAACAACCUUACCGGAAAUAUCCCCAUCGAACUCACAAGCUUCCAUUCACUGGCCUUCUACCUCGAUUUCUCGCACAAUUCAUUGACAGGAAGAUUGCCUUCACUGGGAGUAAUGCAACAUGUUCAAGCCAUAGAUAUCUCUGCCAAUAAACUCUCAGGACCCAUCCCUACCGAUAUUGGCAGUUGCGUGGGACUGCAAUACCUGAACCUUACCAAAAACAAAUUAAAUGGAAGAGUGCCAACAUCAAUAGGACAACUCAAAAGCCUUGAGGUCAUUGAUUUGUCCUUCAAUAAACUAUCAGGCCCAGUGCCACACUCUAUUGCAAACCUGGAUUAUGUGCAGCCUUGGGCGUUGAAUUUACCAAAUUGCACAAACUCUGCUGGGAUCCGUUCAAAUGGAUUUAACAGGAAGGUUAUCAUGGCUGUUUCAAUUAGCACAGUAUUGGCAUUGUGUUGCAUUGUGGGUGCAAGCUACAUCUUCUUUAGAAAGACCAAAAGAGCACCAUUCAAAAAUAGUUUAUCGGGAAGAGGUUUCAUGCGAAUUUCUAGCCAGGAUCUUCAAAGAGCAACAGAAGGAUUUAGUGCCGCUAAUUUGCUAGGGGCAGGUAGCUUCGGUUCGGUUUACCGAGGACUUCUAUCUGAUAACACAUUGGUGGCUGUUAAGGUAUUCGAUCGGGACCCUCCAGAUUCUUACAAGAAUUUCUACAAAGAAUGCAGAAUAAUGAGCAAAAUCAGACACCGGAAUCUUGUCAAGGUCUUGUCCUGUUGCUCAACACCAGGAUUCAGGGCUCUGGUACUUCAGUUCAUGUCAAAGGGGAGCCUCGAUCAAUAGCUACAUCAGGAUUGCACAUUGAGUUUAAAAAUGAGAUUGAACAUCGCACUGGAUGUGGCACACGCAAUGGCAUAUUUACACAAUGAUUGUUCUCCUCCCAUUGUUCACAGUGACUUGAAACCCUCAAAUGUUUUAAUAGAUGAGAACAUGACAGCCCAUGUGGCUGAUUUUGGGGUUGCCCAUCUAAUGACUUCCACGGUUUCUGCAAGCAGCAGCACGUCUAAGUUGAAGGGAACAGUAGGCUACCUUGCUCCAGAAUAUGGAUUGGGGGGUCAAGUGACGACCAAAAGCGAUGUUUACAGUUUUGGAGUGGUCAUCCUUGAAAUGGUGACGAGAAAGAGGCCCACAGAUGAUAUGUUCACUGGAAACAACACUUUGUCCAGUUGGGUGAGAGCAGCAUUUCCUGAAGCACUGGAGUAGGUGGUCGACAGAGAAAUGAUAGGUGAUGAAUUCCGUGUGGAGGGUUCCAUCGAAUCCACGGAGCAGUGGAGGUGGCUGAAUAGUUUGAUUGGAAUGGGGCUACAAUGCACGAGAUACAGUCCGGGGGAAAGACCAACAAUGAGAGACGUGGAGGGCAUACUUGAAAGGAUUGUGUAUGGCACAGCAUAUGGUAAUUUAGAAGAGCAUCCAUCCGUGCAUAGUCUUUCGAAAACAGGCAAUGAAUUAGGCCAUCUAAAUAGCGGCACAUCAUUUUCAUCCACCUAUGAAAGGGAAAUCAGUAAGUGUUGAAGAUACACCAAAUUAUAUUAUGUGUGUGUAUACGUGUGUUUUUCAAGUAGAUGUUUUGGAAACUUUUAUAAUCCUAGCUAUUUAUGUAUUUUAAUUA